GCGGAGGAGACGGGAUGGGACAGGGGCGGCCGUUGCUUUUCGCCGGCAGCGGCAGCCAGAGCUUCCCUGACCUGGACCACUCAGGCCGGACCCGCUGGGUCCGGACAGGUGGGAACUGCUUCACAUUUACGUUGCUCAAUGAGGACCACAUGCUUGGCAAUGCCCUCCAAUACAUGGUCAUGAAGAACCCUGAUGUGGAGUUCUGUGGCUACUGCAUCACGCACCCCUCUGAAAGCAAGAUCAACUUCCAAAUCCAGACCAGAGAGGAGCAUGAAGGAGUACAGGGCACAGAGGGAGGAAGAGAUAUUUAGGGAUGCCAUUUAGGAAUGGCAGUCUCCAUGGACGUGUGUAAGGUCUGUGUGUUGAAUUCCCUGUGCCAAGUAUUUCUGGUUGUGUGUUUGUCCUGGGUUCAGCAGUGGCAGUCAUUUUUUCUCCUUCUUAGUAGCUGGUGCAGUGCUGUGUUUUUUGCCUUUCAGCCUGGGAACAACGCUGAUAACGCCGAUGUGUUAAAUAGAGCGUUAUUCGUUUGCAGGCCAGAAUCCCUCUGUGCUGGGCUGCAUCCGCAGCGUGUGAGCAGCAGUCAAGGGAGG